AUGAACAAUCUAGGAAAAACAACGAAGAUGGGUUCUGGUGAUCGAAUUCCUCAUUGGAGUGUCUUUGAUAAUGUGAAGAUGAUACCUUCAAAGCCCGAAUCUCUAAUGGCAGCAAUCAAUUCGGGUAUUUCUUCUCUAGAGUAUGCCAAGGCUACGAAGCUUUUGAAUUCUUCAGUUCCUUAUUCGAAGGAUAAGAAGAGAAUUGAUGAUGAAAACCCUAAUUCCUCUUCUGUAUAUGAUGUCCGAAGAGCAGAUGAAGCUUAUAAAGAAGGACUCGCGUAUUUGGCUGCAGGUGAUCUUGAGGAGGCUUUUCAGUCCUUGAACUUGGCUCUUUCAAACUGCCCACCCACUAAGCCUGCAGUGGUUGCUAAGCUUCAGUCUCUUAUUUCUCUCACAGCUCAACGCCUUCAAAAAUCUCCCGCCUGA